AUGCAGUUCUCCAUCGUUGCCCUCUUCGCUACCGGCGCUCUCGCCUCUGUCUGCCCCACUGGCGUUUACUCCAACCCUCAGUGUUGUGGUGUCAACAUCCUUGGCGUCGCCGCUCUCGACUGCCAUACUCCGAGAGCCAACGUUUUGACUGGUGCCAGUUUCCAAGCCGUCUGCGCUGCUGAAGGCGGCAGGCAGGCUGUUUGCUGCGCUGUCCCCGUUGCCGGCCAAAACCUUCUUUGCGAGAAGCCCGUUGGAACCGUCUAA